UACUUUAUUUUUCUUUGAGGCGGGAGUGGCUGCACUUUGCCCAACUUAUCUGGAAUCCGUUUUCUCAUACGGAUUCCCCGCUUCGCUCCUCUUUUCAUUCAAAGCCGCGGCGCGGACCGGAGCACCCACCCCUCACCCCUGCAGGCGUGACUCUGCCCUCCCCCUUUAGCCUAAGCCUGUACGCCGGUUGGGUGGAGAAGGUGCCAGAGCUUCAUCGCGUUCAUUCUGUAUGUGUUCCGGAAGCAGGUAGAAGAAAAUGGAUUCUGACAAAACUGAGGCCAACGGCAGCCUGAUAGUCGUGUCCAACAGGCUGCCCUUCGUGCUCAAGAGGAAUGAAGAGACAAAAAAGCUGGAGAGGAAAGCCAGCCCUGGCGGUUUAGUGACUGCAGUGGCCCCUGUUGUUGUAAAAGGUGGUGGUUACUGGGUAGGCUGGCCAGGAAUUCAUCUUGAAAAUCCAGAUGAAGCUAUACCCGAAUCAGACCCAGCUGACCGCACCCCAACUGCUGGUCUUCGCUCAGACAAGGUUAGAGCAGUUCAUGCUGACCCUAAAGUUUUUGACAGUUACUACAAUGGUUGUUGCAACAACACAUUUUGGCCACUGUUCCACUCAAUGCCUGAUAGAGCUUCAUUCAGUGCAGAACAUUGGAAGAAUUACUACAAUGUCAACAAAGAGUUUGCUCAGAAAACACUGUCAGCCUUGGCUGAGGUUUCAAAGGAGCAGAGUCCCGAAUCUGGACCUCCAAUUGUGUGGGUUCAUGACUACCACCUGAUGCUUGCUUCAAAUUGGAUUAGACAAGGAGCUGAAGAAAUGAACCUCCGAUGCAAACUAGGUUUCUUCCUUCACAUUCCCUUCCCUCCAUGGGACAUUUUUAGGCUCUUCCCUUGGUCAGACGAAGUUCUGCAGGGAAUGUUGGGUUGUGAUAUGGUUGGCUUCCAUAUUGAGGACUACUGCCUUAACUUUGUUGAUUGCUGCCAAAGACGCUUAGGUUGCCGCGUUGACCGCAAAAAUAUGCUGGUGGAGCAUGGUGGCCGGACUGUCAGGGUUCGUCCCCUACCAAUCGGUAUUCCAUUUGACCGAUUUGUGCAACUUGCACAGUCCUCUCCAAGAGUCAUUUCCGGUACUACUAAGAUUGUUCUUGGUGUCGAUCGUCUUGAUUACACCAAAGGAUUAGUUCACCGUCUCAAGGCUUUUGAAAUGUUGCUGGAAAAGCAUCCUGAACACCUUGAAAAGGUGACUCUUCUUCAGAUAUCUGUUCCAUCUCGUACAGAUGUGAAGGAAUAUCAGGAAUUGAAGGAGGAAAUGGAUCAAUUAGUUGGGCGUAUUAAUGGACGUUUCACAACACCAAACUGGUCCCCUAUCAGAUACAUUUAUGGUUGUGUCAGUCAAGAUGAAUUGGCUGCAUUUUAUAGAGAUGCUGCUGUGGCCCUUGUGACUCCUCUGAGAGAUGGAAUGAACUUGGUGGCCAAGGAAUUUGUAGCCUGUCAGAUCAACGAACCUCCUGGUGUGUUGAUUGUAUCUCCUUUUGCUGGAGCAGGAGAAAUGAUGCAUGAAGCUUUAAUCUGCAAUCCCUAUGAAAUUGGGGCUGCUGCUGAAGUAAUUCACAGGGCACUUACUAUGCCUGAAGAUGAAAGGCAGUUGCGAAUGAAUUACCUUCGUAGACGGGAAAAGAUUAAUGAUGUUAAUUGCUGGAUGAGGUCUUUCUUGAAGGCAAUGGGUUCACUUAUCUAUGAAGAUGGUGAGGAAACACUACCCACUACUAUGCAGCCUGUAACUAUGGAUGACUUUGAGGAAUACUUGGCCAAGUAUGUUGGCUCCAAACAUAAAUUGGCACUUCUCCUGGAUUAUGAUGGAACUUUGGCACCCAUUGCCCCUCAUCCAGAUCUAGCAAUUUUACCUCCAGAGACUCGCAAUGUACUGGAAAGGUUGUCCAAUAUGUCAGAUGUGUACAUUGCUAUAAUUUCUGGUCGCAAUGUAAAUAAUGUAAAGGAAAUGGUUGGCAUAAAUGGUAUAACAUACGCUGGAAACCAUGGAUUGGAAAUUUUACAUCCAGAUGGCAGUAGGUUUGUCCAUCCCAUGCCGAUUGAAUUUGAAGGAAAAGUAAGCGACUUGCUUAAGCAGCUUCAAGAAAAGGUUUGUCGGGAUGGUGCCUGGGUGGAAAACAAAGGAGCUCUCCUCACCUUCCAUUACAGAGAAACUCCUAUUGAGGUGCGCCCAACAAUGGUUGCAAAGGCAAAGCAACUUAUUGAAGACGCAGGCUUCAGAGCUGGGCGUGCUCACUGUGCCAUUGAAGCCAAGCCUCCUGUUCAGUGGAACAAAGGUCGUGCUUCUCUUUACAUUCUUCGCACUGCCUUUGGAGUGGAUUGGGAAGAAAGAGUAAGAAUUAUUUAUGCUGGAGACGAUGUCACAGAUGAAGAUGCUAUGGAGGCUCUUAAAGGUAUGGCGGCCACAUUCCGUGUCACAUCAUCACAGAUUGUGCGCACAGCCGCCGAGCGUCGUCUGCCAAGCACAGACUCUGUUCUCACCAUGUUGAAGUGGGUGGAACGACAUUUGAGUCGUCGCAAGCCCCGUGAGCAUAAUCCGGACAGAAGAAGUCGUAACAAUUCCGGUAUCAAAAUGGAAAUGUCUAUUCCAGAUGUGAGACGCUCUCCUUCACCUUCCCCAUCAGCUGACAGGGAUGAUGACGAGUUUUACCCAGCAAACGAAGUGGCAGACGGAGCAGAAGUCUCACUAUAAAAUCAUCUCAAGGAAGAAGUUAAUUCAUCUGCAACCUGCAUGCUGUUUUUUUUUUCUAUAUUGUCCUGCCGCAUCAUUCUUUUUUUAAUGGUAUCAUUUUUUUUACUUCUUGAUAUGUAAGCAUAGAUUUGUGUGUAGAUGCUAGUCUUGGUGUUUUUCUUCCUGUUGUAGCCACUCAACCUGUACGUAAUUGUUAUGAUUGAAAACAUAUGAACUUGCUCUGGACGGCAUUUUGUGAUUUCACACUCUAAGAAAAGAAGCCCAUUUUGAUUUUAAUUACAUAUGCCAGUGAUAUUUAUGGAUAGAGUUGUCUGUUGUCUUCCACUCCAUGCUUUUGGCUCUAGUCUAAACAAGAGAGUAAAUGAAACAGUUUCUCAAUAUUCCUUGUUUGUUUUUUUUAAUGUUUUCAUAUUUUAAUAAAGUUAAAGAUUUGUUAAAAUUAUUUUUUUCUCAUCAAAGAGCAUGUUAUGUUAUUUCCUUCGUUCCUAAGUUACUAUUAAUUUUCAGAUUGUGUUUACAAAAGAAUUUGUUACCAUUCAGAAGCUAUAUCAAGUUGUUAUUUUUAGUUAAUUAUUGUGAUGGAGGUGAAGUGAAUUUCAUCUACCUAUUCAGCCCCCUUUGUUACACUUUUCAACACACAUCUUUGUAGGAUGUUUUAUCCCAGUGUCGUGAAAUCUUGCACACUAUUGCAUUUUUGUUGUUGUAUGCAUGUGGUGUAAAAGCCCUUAGGAAGUCUGUGCUCUACUUCUCACGUCCUUCCAUUCUUGUACUGAUAUUAUUUAUGCAGCACUCAAACAUAUUAUUGUAGUAAAGAAAAUGCCAGAUGAGCUGAGUAUGCUCUUUAAGGUACAUUAAACAAUUUCUGUUAAAUGUAGUUGUACUUAAUAAGUUCUAUGUUGUGCUGUGUCUUUGCCAACUCCUUAUUUAAAGGAGAAAAAAAUGUCAGUAAGUAUAUAUCUUUUUUUCUUUUUUUUUAUGGUAAUCAUUUGUAAUGAUUUAAAAUGGUAACAGCUGUCAAUUUUAGUGCUUCUAAUAGUGCCAAAUAAUUUGCUGUUAGUCUAGCAAAUGAAUUUAGUAUGCCUGUCUCACUGUAACAAAGACUGUCCAAAAUGAAAUGGGUGGCGUAAGCUCUGAAAGUCUAUAAUUUUUUUACUCCCACCUAUGCACAUUUUGUUUUUCAAAGUUUUAUCAUGUGAAUGAAAGAAUAUUGAAUGGGUGAGUGAGUGAAUGAAAGGCUGUGUGUUUGAUAUCUCAAACUACCUAAUAAAGCAUUGUAAUUUUUGUCUGUUGAAA